AUUACCGUACAGAAAAUAUAGAAAUAGAAAUUAACUCCCUCCCAUAUUCUCUUUCUCCCCGUUCGUCUCUCUUCCUCUCCUCUGCGGAUUCGCGAACCAAAAAUUCGAUCUUCUGGCCCCAUCCCGAUCGGUUUCUCCCACCGCCGUUGACACGGCACCGCAGCUAAACGGUCUCCCGAUUGAAUUGCGCAGCGCGCCGUCUCGUGCCGUGUGGCCCCGGCGUCGCCGGCGCCAAUGCCCGGCGAGAGCAGCGCUGCCGCCCCGGCCCCGCCGCCUCGACGCAACAUGGGUGCGGGGCACGGCAUAUUGUGGUGAUAUCACACUUUGUUUUCUCGUAGGCGGCACCUGAUUGAUCUUGGUUCUCUUAGAGGCCCUUUUGCGGAUUCUGAUGAAAUUUUUGCCAUGGCCCUGGUGGUGCUAGUUCUAAUCAGUUUUGUAGCCUUGAGGUUCCACUCGCAGAUUACUCUAUUACAUGGGAAUCAAGGUAUGAUACAAAGGAGUUGGGGGAGGAAGGAGGAAGGAAUACAGAAGGUAGGGGAAGGAGGAAGCAGCCGUGCCGUUUGCUGAUCCAAUCCCGGAUAGUCCACUCGUUUGCCCUUCCUCACCCAGAUGAGGAUACAACUAUGAGGAUUUCUUCAAGGUGGUACCAUUGCAGCGACCCAUGGAGGCCUCUGAUAGAACUUUUGCUGAUGUAGUUAAGCUUUUGACAUCAUGGCUGCCUCGACGGUCGAAACCGGACAAUGUCUCCAGGGACUUCUGGAUGCCUGAUCACAGUUGCCGAGUGUGUUAUGACUGUGAUGCACAGUUCACCAUAUUCAACCGCAGGCACCAUUGUCGUCGUUGUGGGCGCAUAUUCUGUGGUAAGUGCACAGGGAAUUCUGUCCCAGUUCCAAGUGGCCCUGAUAAAAGCAAUGAUGAGGGGGACAGGAUUCGUGUCUGCAACUUUUGCUUUAAGCAAUGGGAGCAAGAGCAAAUUGCUGCUGUCAAACAGAUACUGCCGGUGCUCAGCCCUUCCCUGUCUGAGGCGAGCCUGUUCAGUACAAAGUCAACUAUCACCAUUAAUAGUGUUAGCAUACCAGCUGCAUCGUACUCUACUGGAAAUUAUCAGCAUAUGGCUCGUGCUUCCAACAUUGGUCCUCCCCCUCCCAAAUUUUCCCAAGACAAAGUUUCCCACAGUAUGCAAGACAGCCAUGUGCCUGAGAUAAGUAUGUCCACUAUUUCAAACAGAGAUGACUCUACCCUAAUGCAGUUUGGCUAUUACACAAACAGGAGUGACGACGAAGAUGAAGAGUUUGGUGCUUACUGCUCUGACAGUCAGGUGCAACAUAAACAGCAUAAUAACCAAUACUUCCGCUCAGAUGAGUUUGAUGAGUUUGAUGCAUCGUACAAAACAACAAUAUCAAAGACCAUUGGAGUAAAUGUAAUUCCAAAAGAGUUAUCACCUUGUGCUGUUGACCAUGGAUUCACCAGUACAUUGCCAGUCACCAAAGUGGAGGAUGAACCAGAACUUGAUAAUAGUUCAGACUGCGGGGCUGCAUCCUCCAUUUAUGCUCUGGAAACUGCAGAUACAAAUUCAGUGGAUUUUGAGAUGAAUGAUUAUUUUUGGAUUCCUCCGGAACCAGAAGAUAAAGAAGAUGAGCUAGAAACUGAUUUGUUUGAUGACGACGAUGACGAUGACGAGCCUGUAUCUGAUGGUGGACGGUGUUACCUUCAAUCAUCAAGUAGCUUCGGUAGUGGAGAAUUUCGAAGUAGAGACCGCUCAACUGAAGAACACAAGAAAGUAAUGAAGAAUGUUGUUGACGGACAUUUCAGGGCUUUGAUUUCUCAGUUGUUGCAGGUGGAGAAUAUCACAUUAGAGGAAGGUGAUGACAUGGGUUGGUUGGAGAUUGUUACUUCGGUAUCAUGGGAAGCUGCAAACUUCCUCAGACCAGACACAAGCCAAGGUGGUGGCAUGGAUCCUGGUGGAUAUGUCAAAGUUAAGUGUUUAGCAAGUGGACACCGUAGUGAAAGCACUGUUGUGAAAGGAGUAGUCUGUAAGAAGAAUGUCGCACAUAGGCGCAUGACUUCCAGAAUAGAAAAACCUCGCCUUCUUCUACUUGCUGGAGCUCUUGAGUAUCAUCGAGUUACGAAUCAGCUGUCAAGUAUUGACACAUUGCUCCAGCAGGAAACAGAUCACCUUAAAAUGGCGGUCGCGAAGAUUGUAGCUCAAAAACCUAAUCUACUUUUGGUCGAGAAUACUGUUUCUCGCUAUGCUCAAGAUUUGCUUCUAGAAAAGAACAUAUCACUAGUUCUAAAUAUUAAGCAAUCCCUAUUGCAGCGUAUAGCUCGUUGCACAGGUGCUCAGAUAGUUCCUUCCAUUGAUCUCUUACCAUCUCAGAAACUUGGUUAUUGUGAGUUGUUUCAUGUAGACAAACAUAUUGAACAUUCCGUGACUUCGGGUAAUAAGACUAAGAAAACGCUGAAGAACAUGAUGUUUUUUGAAGGAUGCGCAAAGCCAUUAGGUUGCACUGUUCUGUUGAAAGGCGGUAGCAUGGAUGAGCUAAAGAAAAUUAAGCAUGUGGUCCAGUAUGGCAUAUUUGCAGCAUAUCACUUGGCCUUAGAAACAUCUUUCCUUGCAGAUGAAGGUGCCACUCUGCCAGAAUUUCCCUUGAGGUCUCCACUGACUGUAACCUUACCAGAUAAGCGAUCUACUGUAGACAACUCUAUUUCGAUGGUGCCAGGUUUCACAAUUAAUAUUUCCAACAGCCGACAGGCAACUGAUAGUUUUGAGCACCUGGGCACAGACAAUGUUAUAUCAACUGACCCAGGUGGAACAGCUGUGGUUGAACCACCAGUAGACAGUGAUUGCCUUACUUCUCAAAAGGCCAACUCUCAUUCAUUUGGACCAUCGUGUACCAGUGGUUGUAGUUUUAACAGCAGGAAUGGUGAUAAAUUAGAGGUGACUGCAACUGCAGAUUCUGUAUCCAUGUCUUCAAUCACGACACAUGAUGUACCCACGGAUCCUUCACAUAUAUAUUCUACUGUAGGAAAAAAGUGUGUGUAUUCUGGUGAUUACCAUGCUGAUUAUUCAACCAGUUCAGAUGGUAAGACAGUGAGAGCAGAUUCAAUCAACACAAAUAAUCAUCAGAGCACGUCUCAAGUCAGCACAAAUAUUACUAAUUAUUCUAAUCUCAAGGAGCCAUUAGAGGGUUCAAAUGCUUUGCCUAAUGUGAGAAUCGUCAAUGCUAAUAAUUUGUUGGCAGUGCAACCAAUGUCUAGUCCUGCAGUGCAAAAUCAAGAAACCAGUCAAGGAAAUGAUAUCACAUCAAAUAAGACAGAAAUUGUGCCUUCUGACCAUCAGAGCAUCUUAGUCUCUUUGUCCAUACGUUGUGUAUGGAAAAGAUCUAUUUGUGAGCGUUCCCAGUUGUUACGCAUCAAGUAUUAUGGUAACUUUGACAAGCCUCUAGGAAGAUUUUUGCGUGACUACCUGUUUGAUCAGGGCUAUCAGUGCCGAUCCUGUGAUAAGCCACCUGAAGCUCAUGUCCAUUGCUACACUCAUCGCCAGGGGAGUUUAACAAUAUCAGUUAGAAAACUUACAGAUGUUGUUUUACCAGGAGAACGGGAUGGAAAAAUUUGGAUGUGGCACAGGUGUCUAAAGUGCCCCUGGAGUGAUGGAUUUCCACCAGCUACUCAUAGGAUUGUCAUGUCUGAUGCUGCUUGGGGUUUGUCACUUGGUAAAUUUUUGGAGCUUAGCUUCUCAAAUCAUGCAGCUGCAAGUAGGGUAGCCAGUUGUGGUCAUUCUCUCCAUAGGGACUGCCUUCGAUUCUAUGGGUUCGGAAAAAUGGUGGCUUGCUUCCGAUAUGCACCUAUUAAUGUUCAUUCCGUCCAUGUACCACCUCAUAAACUUUAUUUUACUCACCAGCCUUUGGACUGGAUACAGAAAGAAGUAAACGAGGUUAUUGACCGGGCAAAGGUUCUGUUUGAUGAAGUAUCACGUACUUUACACCUGAUCUCUGAGAAAAAGGCUCACAGCAGUUCUCUCAAUGUGGAAUGUACCAAUUACAUUGCUGAACUUGAAGGCAUGUUUCGGAAGGAAAAGUUAGAAUUUGAGGGAUGUCUGAAUAAAGUUUUGAAAAAGGAAGUGCCGAAAUGUCAACCAGACAUUCUCGAGAUUAAUAGGCUGAGGAGACAGUUACUCUUCCAUUCAUACUUGUGGGAUCAAAGGCUGUUAUUUGCUGCAAGAUCAGAUAGGAAUCGUUAUGAACUAUCUAACACCAGGCAAGGUGAUAAGGAGACAAUCCAUUCCGUGGAUAGUGUUGCUGAUCCAAAUGUCAGAGAACAGCUUCAAAGUGAAAAUAGUGGCAGUGUGGCUGCUAAUAAAGAUGUUAAAUAUGCUGAAAAUCUCCAGGUAAGCAUUUGUGGGCAGAAUUGCAGCGGAGUUGAUCCAAGUAAUAGUUAUUGUAAUCUUGACCAGCGAAUACCCACAAGUGAGUCGGAUUUCCUCCAAAGAAAUAUCCAAACACCUUUGUACACCAGCGUCAGUGUGAAUGGGGAUUCAGUUCCUUUUGAGCCUGAUCUUGUUGCUCGACGCACCCUUUCAGAAGGGCAAUUUCCCAGUUUAUUGGAUGUGUCAAAUGCAUUGGAUGCAAAAUGGACUGGUGAGAAUGAUCCUGUUACUAGCAAGAUAACAUUGCCAGAUUCUACGGCAUCGUCAGAGGACUCAGAAGAACAUAUCAGCGAUACUACACCUUCGUAUGCCUCUGUAUUGCUGAACAAGCUAGGGGAUAGUGCAGAGGACCAUUCCAAUUGGAUAGGAAUGCCUUUUUUACAAUUGUACCGUUCUCUUAACAAGAAGUGGAGUCGUUCAAAAAGGUUUGAUGCGCUCAUUGAAUAUACACCUGUUUAUAUUUCUUUCUUAAGGGCAGUGGAGCGACAGAUUGGGCCCAAAUUUCUCUUUCCUAUAGGGAUCAAUGACACUGUUAUUGGAGUAUACGAUGAUGAACCUACUAGCAUCAUCUCGUAUGCACUUGCCUCUCAUGAAUACCAUCUUCAGCUGUCAGAUGAGCUCGAAAGAGAAGCAACAGAUAAUUCACCCCCACUUUGUGAUUCAAGAAGUGUAUCCUUAACUGAAUCAGUGGAUGAAACUACUUCUGAACUUCUAAGAAGUGUUGUGUCAACAGACGACAAUAUUGUCUCCAUUCCAGGAAGCAAGAACCCAUCCACUUCGGAUCCACUUGUAUAUGGUAAAGUAACUCACAUAAAGGUUAAUUUUGGAGAUGAAGGUCCUCUAGAACAAGUGAAGUACACAGUAAUUUGUUACUAUGCGAAACAAUUCGAUGCAUUGAGGAGAAUAUGCUGUCCAUCAGAGCGUGACUUUGUCAGGUCACUAAGUCGUUGCAAGAAAUGGGGUGCUCAAGGAGGCAAGAGUAAUGUUUUCUUUGCAAAAUCACUGGAUGACAGGUUCAUAAUUAAACAGGUUACCAAAACGGAAUUGGAAUCUUUCAUGAAAUUUGCUCCAGAUUAUUUUAAAUAUCUGUCCGAGUCAAUUGGCACUGGCAGUCCUACUUGCAUUGCAAAAAUUCUUGGUAUUUAUCAGGUUAAGAGCCUGAAAGGCGGAAAGGAGGUGAGAAUGGAUGUUCUGGCCAUGGAAAAUCUUUUAUUUGAACGUCGUGUGACAAGAUUAUAUGAUUUGAAGGGCUCAACGAGAUCACGGUAUAACCCUGAUUCAAAUGGUAGCGAUAAAGUACUUCUUGACGAGAACUUGCUUGAAGCGAUGCCUACUUCCCCUAUUUUUGUCGGGAAUAAGGCAAAGCGACUUCUGGAGAGAGCUGUUUGGAAUGAUACUGCAUUCCUUGCUUCAAUUGACGUAAUGGAUUACUCUUUACUUGUUGGUGUUGACGAGAAGAAACACGAACUUGUUAUGGGAAUCAUCGAUUUUAUGAGGCAAUAUACGUGGGACAAACAUCUAGAGACAUGGGUGAAAGCUUCAGGAAUAUUAGGUGGACCAAAGAAUGUAUCACCAACUGUAAUUUCACCGAAGCAGUACAAAAAGCGUUUCAGGAAAGCUAUGUCAGCCUACUUUCUUGUUGUCCCAGAUCAAUGGUCGCCUGCAGCAAUUAUCCCUAGCAAGCAAGUGGCUGAUAGCGGCCAGGAUAGUGAUCAGUUCGUCUGCACGGGAUCAUCAUCCACGUUGGACCGUUGAGAUGCAGGGAACUACGGUGGAAUAACUACUAUUCUUUUGAUGACGCAUAUAUAUUUUGAUUUGUUGCAAUUUUGCUCAUUUUUUUUACUGGCCCUAUUUUCCAGCGAUUUCGUUAUUUUUUCUUUGGAAGAUCAAAAUGUACAAAAUCAAGCCGAAGUUAUAGAUAGAAAAUUAACGAGUGUACAGUGUGUAUAAACAUUAUAGAUUUGUCUUAGUUCUUUCCAACUACAAUUAUUUAGUUAUAGAGGAGUAUUUUCUACACCCUCCUCCUAGAAUUACUUGUCUUACAUUUGUCUACAUAUAGAUGUAUUUAGACAAAUUUAUAACAAGUAAUUUGGUAUAAAGGUAAUACGUUUAA